AUGGAAGAAAAUGAUCACGGCAACAGAGACGUGGUGGAGCGGCAGGAGUCGGCGGAUGAAUCAAACAGAGCCAUCCUUCCCCUGUUACAGGCGCCGGGGAACCUGCAGAUCCCUCACCGGGUCACCAAUUUCUUCAUCGACAACAUCCUGCGGCCGGAUUUCGGGAAGAGAAAGGACGGAGGCGCAAACCGCGAAGAGAGUAGCCUGGCGUCGCGGGAGAGCCACAACAGCCCCGCCGCCCCUCAGACCGAGCCAGUGGGGAGCACGGUGCCGGCGGAGGGGACCUCCACUCCACACACGGUUACCGGGGCUAAGAAGCCCGCUAUAGCCGCCGAGGAGCCCCUGAAACCCCGCGGGGAGAACGGAGACCAGUGCCUAAGCUCAGACUCAGACAGUUCCCAAGCCAGCUCAAACCCAGCCAUGUCUCAGCCCAUGCUGUGGCCAGCCUGGGUCUACUGCACCAGAUACUCGGACAGGCCUUCUUCAGGGCCAAGAUCCCGCAAACCAAAGAAGAAAACGACCAGCAAAGAGGACAAGCGACCACGGACGGCCUUCACAGCAGAACAGCUGCAAAGACUAAAAUCGGAGUUUCAGACAAACCGGUAUCUGACCGAGCAGAGGCGGCAGAACCUGGCGCAGGAACUGGGCCUGAACGAGUCCCAGAUCAAGAUCUGGUUUCAGAACAAGAGGGCCAAAAUCAAGAAGGCCAGCGGCACUAAAAACGGUCUGGCCUUGCACCUGAUGGCACAGGGACUGUACAAUCACGCCACCGUCACGUCGAAAGACGAAAAAUCAGACAGCGAUUGA